CCCAGAAGGUGGUGGGCUUGGUGUGGCUGAGCUGGGGUCAGAGGGUUGGCAGCAGCUGAUCUGAUGUGGCGGAUGACGGGCAGAGUGAUGGAGGAGAUUAGUCAGUCCUGAGGGGACAAAAAAAAUGUGCGCUUUGCACAUCACGCUUAGUAUUUGACAAGGCUGUUAAAAUGCUGGAGUGUGCAUGUUUCUUUUGUAUGCAAGCGCUCCUGUUGGGAAGUUUAAUCAUUAUCUGGAUUGAGUAUAAUAAAUGCAGGAACAAUGUAAAGUGACUUGUUAGAGCAGGGAAUGUGAAUUUGUUUAUACAUUGACAGGCACAUAACACAACAAACUUGCAUUUCAACUGACACUUCCAUUGUUUUCCAUCUUUUUCUUGACAUAUACAAACAGACAACAAACCCACCCACCAACCCCUCCCAUUGGUACACCCACCUAGAGUACAGGAAAAUAAAUACAUACAAAUAAAUAAAAAGAGGUCACCUCAUUUCGCCGAGCCAUAUAUCCACAUAUAUACACGCACCGAAACAUACCUAUCUCUGGCACAUCUACACGUAGACACACCUGCAUCACUCUACACAGCAAACAGUUAUCACAUCACACAAGCAUAUCCACAAAUUGAAUGACAACAUGUUUGGCCAGUAGAGAGAAACCAGAGCGCCCAAAUUAUUGGCCAUCCAACAGUCAGAUUAAUACUUGAAUAAAAAAUAAAAAACAAUCAAUUAUGUCUAUUUUGCGCCUCAUCAUUUAGGGACUAGGCAAAUAAAUACUGCAAAGGGGUAUCAGGCAUAGUUUUGAGUUUCCCCAAGUAUGUCAGAACUGGAUCCCAGGAGGAGAAUUUUUUUUCCUUAACCCCCUCAAGAAGUAUUUUAUUUUCUCUAAAUGACUGAAUUGCAUCAGGUCACCAAAGCACAUUGAUGUCUUUGGUGGGUUUGUUGAUUUCCAAUGCAACAAUAUUCUUCUACGAGCAAGAAGUGUCAUAAACGCCAUAAUGUUUUUAUGGCUUUUUGUUAUUGUACAGUGUUGUCUAUCUGUGACACCAAAUAUAGCUGAAGUUGUAUUUGGUUGGAGAUCAAUAUAAGGAGCCGCAGAGAGUGUUUUAAAUAUGGACCAGUAAGAUGUCAGAGCAGGGCAUGACUAGAACAUGUGAGUCAAGUUGGCUGGAGCGUAACGGCCUCUGCUGCUACUAUCUUGCUUUUGAAAAAACAAGCUUGAUGCAGAACUUUGAAUUGUAUUAUGCCGAGUUUGGCACAAGAAGAGCUGUCAUUCACUCUUUGUAGAGCACAGUUCCACAGAUAUUCUUCUAUGUCACCGCUCGCUCACCUUCCCAGUCCACCUUUAUCUUUGCCAAAGUCACAUUUUUAAGAGAUGUUAUUCAAUAAAAUUCAGUUUAUUUUGUACAGCCCUAUAUCAUUUGCCUCAGAGGGCUUUACAAUCUGUACACAUACGAUAUCCCUGUCCCAGGACCUCACAUCGGAUCAGGAAACACUCACAAGAAAUAGAGUCAUGUAUUCCUGAAAUUAGCCGUUUUGAGUCGGAUGGAAAUUCUAGCAUAUCAUCUAAGCCUGACACUGAAGUGAUGUUUGGAAAGUUGGGGUCGUGACACUUCAGGAAGUGGCAGACUUGGAACUAUCUAAAUGAAUUGGACCGAGGAAGAUUAAAUAUGUGUGCUAAAUCCUCAAAGCUGGCAAAUACCCCGUUUAUGUACAUAUCCUUAAAUCUCACGAUGCCUUUUCUUUGCCAGAGAGAGAAUGCAGCAUCCAAUCUAGCUGGGUGGAAGAGGUGGUUAUUGCAUAUAGGGCUUAUGUUAAGAAAAUAUUUAAAACCAAAGUUCCGUCUAAAUUGAAACCAUAUCUUUUGGCUGUUGAUGACGAUUGGGUUGCUUGUGAAAUGUGAAAUAGAAACUGGAAGACUGGAAGUGACCAGAGCUGUAAGAGAUGCUGAACUGCAGGAUCUAGCUUCAUAGUGACACCAGUCCGUAUCUGGAGCAUGAAGUCAAUAGGUAAUUUCUUAAACAUUUGUUGCUCAAUAGUAGUAGCAAAGGUUAGGAAGAGCAAGCCCUCCCUGUUUAGGCCUCUGUAGGAUCUCUAUACGCAUUCUAGGGUUCUUGCCAUUCCAUGUAAAUGAGAUGAAAGCUUUGUCAAUACAUGUAUAAAAAGGAUUUAGGAAGGUAGAGCAUUGAAACAGGUAAAGGAAUUUGGGGAGCACAUUUAUCUUGAUAGAAUUCACUUUACCUGCCAAGGAGAAGUAAAUUGUUUUCCAUUUUUUAAGAUCUAAUUUAACUUUCUCAAGUAGAGAGGAAAAGUUUUCUUUGUAAAGUUUCUGCAUAUCUCUUGUGAUGUUAAUGCCCAAGUAUUUAAAGCCAUUUCUCGACAUUUUGAAUGGCAAUACAUUAUCCUGAAUUUUAAGCGCUAAGUUAUUAACAGGGUAGGAUUCACUUUUACUCAAAUUCAGUGUAUACCCAGAAAAUCUAUGGCGAAAGCAAAUAGCAGCGGGCUGAUGGGACAACCCAGAUGGGAUGCUCUUGACAAUGGGAAGUACUGUGAUUUCUUACCAUUUGUAACUAAAGAGGCCUUGGGUGAAUUGUAUAGUAGUUUGAUCCAUGAAAUAUAAUAGGGCCAUAACCAAAUUUCUCGAAACAUGUAAAUCGGUAAUCCCAUAUAACCCUGUCAAAAGCUUUCUCUGCGUCCAGUGAGAUGACCAUUUUUGGCACCCUACUGGACACAGGGGAGUGUAUAAUUGUUAAAAAUGUUUAAUGUUUCACUGAACAAUGAGUCACAGUGGAAGCAGUUAAGACUUGUUGACACUGACAAAAAAAUAAAGACGAAUUAAGACAGCUUCAUUAAGAAAAAGGAAGAUAUUUCAUGAAUUAAGUGCAACACAUAAAUGUGAAAGAAUUGAUUGCACGAAUGGAUGAAGAACCAAAAAGCUGCUGGUGCAGCCGGUUGUCGCACGAGUUGCAAGAAACAAUUGCAUGGCACGUAGAAUAGAAAUGUUUAAAGGUGCCAUGUUUACAAUUUCAGAAUUUUCAUUUAAAACAUUAAACAAAUAUAUUAUAAUAAGAUUACAGCAUCCUCUCUAAAUCUGGACCUCUUUCACCGGUACUGGUCACUUUGUCCGUUGAUGAACUCAGUUCGCUUCUUGUACUUUGACUAAAGUUAGCCAUCCACAAUUCAAUUGGAGAUAAAAAACGAAAUAAAAAAUUACAACAUUAGUGAGAAGUGAUCCUUCCGAAGGUGUGAAAGGCACAGACAGGAAGCUGCAUUGACAUCACAGCUGUCGUGAUUUAUGUGUGCGCUUCCUAAUAAUAUAGGCCAGAUGACAAGUAUGAAUGGAAGUCACUGAGUCUGCAGGCAUUGAACGGUCUCAUAGUGUGUUUUUAUUUCUCUAUUCUGUGGAUGCAAUUUUCAGCUGAAGGUGAAACACCAGAGAUAUGACGGGUUUUAGUGGGACUUGUGCCCCAUUACUUUCAAUAAAUAAAAAUUAGACCGCAGUCACAAUGGCCUUUCCUUCUUUUAUAGGUUCACCGGUUGCAGUGCAUGGGAAUGACACCGGGAAGAACGGGAAGUAAACAUGGACCCAAGAUGUUGCCUAGCAACGCAAUUCUUUUAAAUGGCGCUUAAACGGAGCGUCACAGACAUGAAGUUGAACACAGUAGAGACAGUAUGAGAAAAAUAAAAUUAAUAAUAAUAAUGAAAGCAUUUAUAGAUGUGCCAAUGGAAACAGAAAAUACUCACAUGAAACUGGAAAUUAACUAAGCAUGUCUUAUAUGACUACUUCACUGGGAGAGCAGCGUGCGCCAGCUUCAGUUAGCAGUUAGCUGUAGCGUUAGUAACUCACAUCUGUUACGCUAGCAUCGACGACUGUAAAUAUAUGUUUUUGUCGUACAGGUGACAUGCGGAUCAAUAUUUUGUUCAUGCAUGAUGAGCAUGUGAUCAAGAUCAUACAUCGCGCUUGUAUCCAGUGAACAAGUCCGAGGGUGAGACUUCUUUUUAUUGAUAAAGGAUUUUCCUACUCUGAAAAAACAACAACAAAAAAACAUGAUCGAUGGCCCCUUUAAUAGAUCUGACACUCACAGUGUACAAAACACAUUGCAGAAAACACAAUCGCACCUAAUUGUACUAAUAAUGCCAUCAUAGUACCUCAGUGAAAGCACCGUGACCAAACAUGGAAAGAGGACCACCCACACCAAUUCCCAUGCUGACGAAAUUAGCAUAUCUUGGCCGUGAUUUGUGGCAUGGUUAUGCAUUAACAGCUCAAUGCUUUGACACGCUCCUUCUCAGAAGCUGUGCGCUCUGGCUGGGAGGCGCGCUGGAGUGGCCGACACAGGGAUUAACGGGAGCGGAGGGGGUGGGGGGAGGCAUGUAAAGGCAGCGCUGCGAGGAUCAUGAUACCUGGAGAGCACUUGUGAGCGGAGCCCCCGUUUGCAAAUGACUGCUUCACACUUUUGUGUCUUUUUGCUUUUACCCUGGAACGAAAAAGACCUGGCUCCGCGAAGGACUUGCGGAAGCCGUGCAAUUCCAUUUCUGAGAGGAGAGGUGUGAUUCUGAGGAUUGGUCCUUGCUCUCUCUGUCUUCAGUAGUUCCUUCAUGCCUUGGUCGGGCUUCUCUCUCCGUGUGCCCUCCUCCACCGACUGUCAUCGCUGUGACAUGCUGCUUUUCGGAAAGCCUCUGCCGGCCGCCGAGCGUCUCAUUCUGGCGCCGAGCUGUGGGUGAGGCAGUGGCACAUGCUGGCCGGCGUGGAAAGAUGAGUGAAACUGUGUUGGGGAUUUUGAUCACUGUGUCGGCGGCAGUGGAAGUGAGCCCAUGGUGCCAGAAAGCAUUCCUGCCAGAAGAAAGAUGGAGAUAUUUACCCAUGGAGAAGAGUCUUGUUUCGCCUUGACAGGAACAUGAUUGGGUGGCUUCGCUACGCCACAGUGGUUUCUUUUUACUCAACAAUGUCCCUAAAGUGAGAGCUUUGGCUGCAAUAGGACAACUCAGGCUCAGGUGUGUGUGUGACAUCUAGUAGCGCCUGCAGAGGAAACCUCGGGAGCUGACCAACCGGCGUCAUGGCCGACUCUCACUCGACCGGCUCUGUGGGAAGCUACAACAUCAGCUCUCCCACAGCCAGUGCUUGGAACAUCACCGGCAGCGGCCCGUGGUUGCUGGCCUUCAUGCUGACCGCCAUCAUCCUCAUGACGGUCUGCGGCAACAUGCUGCUCAUCGCCGUGGUGUUCGCCCAUCGCUCGUUGCGUUGCACCUCAAACUGCUUUCUGGUGUCCCUCUUCCUGUCUGACCUGAUGGUGGCAGUGGUGGUCAUGCCGCCGGCCAUGCUCAACGUCCUGUGUGGGGCCUGGGUGCUGUGGCCGGCCUUUUGCCCCAUUUGGCUCUGCUUCGACGUCAUGUGUUGCAGCGCGUCCAUCCUCAACCUGUGCGCGAUCAGCCUGGACCGCUACGUCUUCAUUAUCUCGCCUCUGCGCUACAAGCAGAGGAUGACCCCGCCCCGGGCAUUGCUCUUGGUGGGAGCGGCGUGGGGGUUGGCUGCGUUGGCCUCCUUCCUGCCUAUCGAGAUGAAGUGGCACAGCCUGGGCCACGGGAGCGGACACGCGUCGGCCCCGGGGGUCUUCGGUGGCAACGUCAGCUCUUACUCCGACACGCUGUACCCAGAUUCCUACUUUCAGCUGUCGCCGUCAGGGGGUCUCUCCUUCCAGUGUCGCCUGCGGGUCACCCUGCCCUUUGCCCUGGUGGCGUCCGUGCUCACGUUCUUUCUGCCCUCCAGUGCCAUUUGCUUCACUUACUGCCGGAUCCUUCUGGUGGCGCGGAGGCAGGCGAAGAGGGUCGCGGCACUGAGUCACCCUCCACACCCGCACCCCUCUCUCGGUGAGCCUUCCAGGCCUCCUUCGCCAGGGGUCGCGACGGGGCAAGCCCACCACGACGGAGACGACUGCAGUCACCAGGAACCUCCCGCAUCGCAGAAUGUACCGCCGUCAGUGAACAGUGAGCGGCGUCUUGCUCACAGGCAGGGUCGGAGGGCCCUAAAGGCCAGCCUGACCCUCGGAGUCCUCUUGGGACUCUUCUUCAGCGCUUGGCUGCCCUUUUUCAUCACAAACAUGGCCCAGGCGGUGUGCGAGUGUGUCCCCCUCGCACUCUUCGACGCCAUCACCUGGCUGGGCUACUGCAACAGCACAAUGAACCCCAUCAUCUACCCGCUGUUCAUGAGGGACUUUAAGCGGGCGCUCGGGAGGCUCUUGCCCUGCUGCUCCUCUCCAUCGCCCCGGAGACCGUCGCCGGCCCUUUCACUCUCCCUCCGCAACUCCGGGGAGCUGAAAGCCGCCAGCAGCACCCCCUCCCCGUUGGCCUCCGACCCUGCACACCCCCCAGCCACCGCCACGGACGCGGUCAACCUGCUGGAUGCCGAGCAGCCUCUGCUUCUGCCCAAUCAGGUCGACACCCUGGAUUGAAUAUAUCAACAUUAUGGAAACGAGUCGUAU